UGAGUAUAGGACAAGGAGAAGAAGCAGCUAAAACGAAAACGACGAGAUCAAUUGCAUUUUCUCUCGUUCUCUCUUACAUUGAUUUUUCGUUACCGAUGAUGAUUCGAGUCAUCCUGUUGUUCACGGCCUUAGUUUCGGCUCGAAUUGGAGAGGUCGCCUCGCAUGAAGAAUCGGGCGUGUGGAGCUGCGAUCCGCAGCCUGAGAUCCGAGUAGAGGCUGAGUUUAGGCCCGGAAUCAUCACUCUCGACGGACAUGUAGAUGAUUGGAAAGAUGUAGAAGGUUCAGAAUUCUCUUUAUUGCCUGCCCUUGAUCCAGAUGCCGAUAAAGAGUACACAGGUGGAAAAAUGACUGUCAAGGCCUUGCACGACGGUAGUGAGGUCUUCUUUAUGUUACAUGUUGAUGGACCUUACAAAUAUAUGAGAGGUGACAGUCACAGAUGUGCAUCUGUUGCUCUUAUGUUUCAGAUUGGUGAGAAUGCAACCUAUCAUGGAAUGGGUGGAUGUGGUGAGACAACUGAAACAUGUAGCAGCAAAACCUGCCAUGGACAUGAAGUUGACAUCAUGCACUUUGCCAUUGGAGAUGCCAUUCCAGGACGACUCUAUGGUUCUAAUUCUUUAGACAAUGGAAAUGGAACUGGAGGUGAUAGAUUUGGCCAUUUAGUUGAUGUCUAUGCAUGGAAUCCACACUGCCGUUAUCUUGAUGGAGUAGGCCCUUCAGGAAAUGUCUCUGGCGGACAAAAUAACUGGAAAGGGGUGUGGUGGCAUAGUAGCUUUACUCUUCACUCGGGUCUUGUGGAGGAAGACAGUCCAUAUGGAAUAGAUGGAGAGGCGGGAUCAUAUUAUUUUGAGUUUUCAAGGCCUCUGAGAACAAUGGACCGUCUACAGCAGGAUGUGCAGUUCAGUAUAGGGGAAAGCAGCAAAGUAUCAGUGGGAUUUUGGUACCCUGAAGAAGGAAAGCCAUGGCAUGCAUCUGGACAUUACUCAAUAGGUUGUGAUUGGGUAGCCUUUGAUAUAGUCCCAAGUGAAGCCAUUGGGGCAGCAACAAAGGACUUACAGAAGAACCCUUGGGAUGUUGCUCUUGCUUUCUCACUUCUCUUCUCUGUAGUCGCAUUCUGCCUUUCAGUUUUCGUCGGACAUAGAUUUUCCACUUUUACUAAGGCCAGGGAACCGCGCUUCAUACCUUUAGAAAAUAUGUAAUCGACCCUUAACUUACUUUCCACAUUAAUUUUAUUGUUCCUUACA